GCCGUGAGCUGGUGAUCUCUCGACUUCUCGGUGGAUCAGUGACCCGUGUGUUCUGUGUUCGCUUCUCCAGCUUCUUUUCUUCAAAUUUAUAUUUCACUUCUCCCUCCUUGCUUUCGGGCAUCGAACCCACCGCCAUGCACAACAAGAGGAAGCUUUGCGACAAGCUCACCAGCAGUUUUCUGAGGAAGUGGUGGGUAGUGAUCGUCGUGUCACUGAUUCUAAUAUUCGUUGGGAUCUUCAUAGCUAUAUUUUUUAGCAGUAUUGUCAACCUAGUCAUAGAUAAGGAAAUCACCCUCCGAGAAGGCGGCCAAGUCUUCGACAUGUGGAGGAAGCCACCGGUGGAGCCGGUCUUCAGGGUCUAUGUCUACAACGUCACCAACGCCGAUGACUUCCUCAACCGAGGGGACAAGCCCAUCCUCGACGAAUUGGGCCCAUUUGUCUAUGUCGAAACCUGGGAAAAAGUGAAUUUGACAUUCAAUGACAAUGGAACCGUUACAUUUCAACAGCAAAAAAUUUACAGAUUUGAUCCCGAUCAAUCUGUAGGUGAUGAAAGUGAUAUGGUCGUCGUUCCUAAUAUUCCAAUGUUGAGUGCCACUUCACAGAGUAAACAUGCCGCUAGAUUUCUGAGACUGGCAAUGGCUUCCAUUAUGGAUAUUUUAAAAAUAAAACCUUUUGUGGAGGUAUCUGUUGGCCAACUUCUCUGGGGAUAUGAGGAUCCCCUUCUCAAAUUGGCAAAAGACGUAGUACCAAAAGAACAAAAGCUUCCAUAUGAAGAAUUUGGUCUUUUGUACGGGAAAAAUGGAACUUCCAAAGAUAUUGUGACCGUAUUCACCGGUGCAAAUGACAUCACAAAGUACGGUCUAGUCGAUCGAUUCAAUGGCAUGUCCCAUUUGCCACAUUGGAAAAGCGAAGAAUGUAACAGACUGGCAGGAAGCGAUGGUUCGAUCUUCCCACCCCACAUCACCAAAAAUACCACACUUUAUUUAUUUGACAAGGAUCUCUGCAGGCUUCUCCCUCUGAAAUUCAAGGAAGAAGUUGAAACACCCGGAAAUGUACUUGGGUACAGAUUCGGCCCACCCGAUGAUGUGUUUGCCGAAAUUGAGAAGAAUCCAAACAACGAAUGUUUCUGCCCAUCUGGACCUCCUUGUGCACCACAUGGAUUGUUCAACGUUUCUCUGUGCCAAUACGAUUCCCCAAUUAUGCUUUCAUUCCCUCACUUCUACCUCGCCGAUCCGAAACUGAGGGCAGCAGUCGAAGGCAUCUCUGAACCUGAUCCAGAAAAACAUGGCUUUUGGCUUGACGUUCAACCAACUAUGGGAGCAGGUUUAAGAGCACAGGCAAAAAUUCAAAUCAAUUUGGCUGUAAGUCAAGUUAUAGACAUUAAGCAAGUAGCGACAUUCCCAGACAUAGUUUUCCCCAUCAUGUGGUUUGAAGAAGGAAUCAACGGUUUGCCUGAGAGUGUAACCAAACUUAUGAACCUUGCUACAACAAUUCCACCAGUUUUAAAAACAGUCCUUCUUUAUAUUUUCUUUAUCUGUGGUUUCUUUUUCUUCAUACUGUCGGCAUUCUGCCUAGUUAGGAACUCACAAAGACAAGAAACCCUCAGCCUGGAAGGAACAGCUCACUACGCAGCCAAUGACGAAGCGAACAAGAAAGCAAAGCAACAAGCUAACGGCCAGACCAACGGACACAAAUACCCUGAUACCAAGACAAAUCCAGCUUUUGUUGGUGAUCAAUCAUAACAUAAGAUUUGUAAUUUUGUAAUUUUAUUUUUUCGAGGACAGACUUUACCGCAGUACAAAUUUAAACUGGUAAGCGGUAAUGGACAUUUUAGCAGCUGAUAAAUUAAGUAGUGACUUUCACUUGAGAUCAUAAAAUGAACAUUUGCGUCUAGCUGCCUAAGCAUUGCUCAAUUUCUUUUUAUUUUUUAUUGUUGUUUUAAUUGUUGAACAUCGAAAAAAAUAUUUUUUUUUUUAAUUUACAUAAUCACCUGUUUUGUGAUAUACAUACAUUUCAUUUUGUAUGCCUUUUAUCUAAGAUAAGCUUUUCAAAUAAUGUAUUUUGUUGUUGUUUGUAAGUGUAUGUUUAUCCAUACAUUUAUUAUAAACAUAUGUAACAUAUCCGUCCAGUCAAGGAGUACUUAGUAUUUUUAUACAUAAAUUUUGUAUAUACAUUGUAUAGUGGUCAUUAUAUUUCUUGCGUUUAAUGAGUGUUUAUGUGGAUUUAGAUGUAAGAAUAUUUGAAGCCUUGUGCCUGAUGUUGAAUAUUAGAUAUUAUUUGAGAUUUUUGUAAAAAAAAAAAAUGGUUAAAAUUUGUGAUGAGGUGCAUUAUUUUACCAAUUUAUCGAGAAUUUAUUAUUGUUAGGUUUUGAAAUAUUUCUUUAUUUUUAUUAUUUGUUUUUUUUUUUUAAUAAAUAUUUACUUAUAUGUAUUAUAGAGAGGAUGUGGAAAUCAGGCAUUUAUUAAAAAAUCCCUCACAUUAAAGGAGAAAUGUAUUGGUUAAAUAUUUAUUACUUAUUUUAUUGUAUAAACUGUAUAAAAUCAUGUGAAGUAUGUUAAGUGUGAUAUUUAGUAAAUGGUAUUUGCUUCCUGUAAUUAUUUACUACACACCAGUGCCAUCAUUUAAGCACUCAUCGCUAAUUAGUGAUAAAGAUGAGAUCUCUAUGAAGGAUGAAUGUUUUCUUUUCAAUCUAUAGGUACUAAUAUGAAGUCCAAAUGAUUGCCAAUCAGAGAAAGGCAUUUGAUAGUUCUGGUGUCUUGUAAAUAAACAGUGGAGAAAGAGAAUGAUUACUCAUUACUUGGAGAAAAAUAAGCUAAGAGAGAAUUUAAAUAAAAUGUAGAAUACAUUUUAUAUUCAAAGAAAUGAUGUAUUUUUUCAGACAUUCCAUUUAUUGUGAUUAAAUAAAGAUAAUUAUAAAUCAAAGUUCUACUAGUUCAGAAAUUUAUUUAAACCUCAAUUAUCCUAGUUAUCCAC